UUUAUCGAAACUGCACUGCUCUCAAAGCGAGCCCCUCCCUUGCCUUGGGCUUCGUGUUUAUUCGCGGCAGUUCUUUGACGCUUUCAACGCCAGAAGUUGUUCCAACGUUCUUCAUUGGUGCCUGCAGCUAUGGCAAGCUUCUUAUCCACCAUGUUUCCCUCUCCGGGCCCAAAAGAUAUCAAGUCGCCCGUCUCAGACGUUCCUGGAACACCUACCAAGAACUCAUUCAUCACUCCCAUCUCAACACCUCAGGGUAGCCCGAGCAAGAAAACAUUACCUCCGGGAGCCAAUGAACUUCCUACUACAUUUGAUGCAUUGAAGCUUAACCCAGUAUCUCUUGAUAGCCCAGUCAGGCUUGGAAGACCUCAGAAUGGAGCUAGCCCUUUAUCUCCAGCCAAGAGCAACAUCCAACCAGCUGACGAUGGAUACUUUCCAACUGCAUCCCCCACUGUGGAUAACAACGUCGUUCAUAAGGCAGGGGAACCCGCGGGAACUCCUUUGAAGAAGCAGGGACAGGAAAACACGCCACCGUCUAGAAUCCCGGUGCGAGAUUCCGUCUACCAGCAUAACCAAGCUGCGAUAUCGCGCGCAGAACUCUAUCAGCUCCGAGAACCUCGAUCAACAGCACUCUCGACUAAGAGAUUUAACACAUCUCGCGGUCUCACCCCAGAAGAGAUGGAGCUUCUAAAGAAGCCUAACGUCCGCCGUCUGGUUAACGUUACCCAACUAUACUUCCUGGACUACUACUUUGAUCUGCUCACCUACGUUGGCGCUAGACAAUCACGGCUGAACGCCUUUAAGGCCGAGGUGCCACCGCCUCCGGAAACUGAUCAAGAAGAGUACAACCAGUUGUGGCAGAAGUACACGGGCAGAGAGCGCGCGAACCUCCGCAAGCGUCGCAUACGCCUUCGACAGGGUGAUUUCCAAAUUCUGACUCAGGUGGGUCAAGGAGGCUACGGUCAAGUGUUCCUAGCCCAGAAAAAGGAUACCAAGGAGGUGUGCGCGUUGAAAGUCAUGAACAAGAAGCUACUCUUUAAGUUGGACGAGAUCCGCCAUGUCCUCACGGAGAGAGAUAUCCUUACCACUGCCAACAGCGAGUGGCUCGUCCGCCUCCUAUACUCAUUCCAGGACGACAAGAAUAUCUAUCUUGCUAUGGAAUACGUACCUGGUGGAGAUUUCAGAACGCUCCUCAACAACACGGGAGUCUUAUCCAACCGUCACGCUCGCUUCUAUAUAGCUGAGAUGUUCUGUUCCGUGGACGCACUUCACAAGUUAGGUUACAUCCAUCGGGAUUUAAAACCGGAGAACUUCCUUAUCGAUUCCACGGGCCACGUCAAGCUGACUGACUUUGGCUUGGCGGCUGGUAAUGUCGCAUCGUCAAAGAUCAACUCGAUGCGUAUCAGGCUUGAGAAGGCUUCUGAGACUGACGUACCGUUUGGUAAAGCUAUGGAUAAACGAACAAUGGCAGAGCGCCGAGAGGGUUAUCAAACCAUGCGUGAGAGAGACACGAAUUAUGCGAAAUCCAUAGUAGGAUCGCCAGAUUACAUGGCUCCGGAGGUGCUCCGUGGUGAAGAGUACGACUAUACCGUCGACUAUUGGAGCUUAGGAUGCAUGUUAUUCGAAGCUCUUACCGGAUUCCCUCCUUUCGCAGGUUCCACAGCCGACGAGACAUGGCAUAAUCUGAAGCACUGGAAGGAGGUGCUCAAGCGACCCGUCUGGGAGGAUCCCAACUAUUUCUUAAGUACCCGAACUUGGAACUUUAUCACCACUUGUAUUAAUUCGAGAUCCAAGCGGUUUUCCAACAUUAAGGAUAUCUUGGAGCAUCAUUAUUUCGCCGAAGUAGAUUGGAACACUCUGAGACAGUCGAAAGCCCCGUUUGUCCCCGAGCUGGACUCGGAGACGGACGCAGGGUAUUUUGAUGAUUUCACCAACGAAGCUGAUAUGGCCAAGUACAAAGAAGUCCACGAUAAACAACAGGCUCUUGAAAGCAUGGCCGACCGAGAGGAGCAGAUGAGCAAAGGCCUCUUCGUUGGAUUUACAUUCCGUCAUCGGAAGCCUACCACAGAAGAUGGUAGCCCACGGAAGCGGAUCCAGACUGACGAGACGUUUGGCACGAUGCUCUAGGGUAGGCGUCCGCUGUCUAAAUUCAGGAGGCGGUAACCCCACAUCGUUGAUGCUUAACGAUUUUUGGUUAUUCGCCGCCACAUAAUAUCCACAUGAUUCGACGGUGAUGUGUUGUUGUUUUUUUCUUCAGACAAUGCCUAAGACGUCGUUAUGAUAAU